AAAGUGCAGCCCGGACUAUUUUUGCAGCCAGUUACAAUGAGUCCUGCCUUCAGAGUGCAUGACUUAAAUGGUGUUGGGGUGGAAAUGGGAAAUGCUGGGCAGUGUGGGAGAUUUAUGGAGCUGGAUAACGGUUAGCAAACGCUUUGAAACCAAAGCCGCAGAAUUAGAUUCACAAACAGAGAUUGCAUCACUAAAACUAGGUCAGAUACUCGACGAUCUAGGAUACAGCGAAAAAGAUAUCAAUCAACGUAUAUUUUGCAGUUUUAAGUCAAGUGUAGCACGCACUUUGUCUGAAAGGAUUAUUCAAAAUUGCGAUGACAUUGACAGAAUAUUCAUUGGAAGUCGAAGGGAAGGAAUAGGACAAGAGUUCAUAAAUGACCUUGACAUUCUGAAAAUCUACAAAUUUGUUAAAUGUGUUGAGAUUCAGCAACUUGAGUAUAAUCCUUCCGACAUCGUUUUUAUUGUUGAUAAGAAAUCUGCACCCCCUGGUCACAUCUUUUUAUGGCUUCAACAGAAAGGCAACGAUGAAAACAAAUUCCGUUUUUUGGAACAUGCCCUUGUACAAAGGAAGGGAAGACAAUAUCUAUCAGCGCACAAAUUCAUGAGUCAAAAUGACGACAUGUUUUUGACAAGUGAAGGAUUUAUAGGCAAAAGCACCAAAUAUCUUGGAAAAAAAGGGCCAUCCUUGGUUAAAAUUUCAAACACAAGAAAUGGAUUGCAAAACCUACUACUGGAUCUUCUUCAGGUCAAAGACCAGACAAUGGAUUAUGUUAGAGCAUUUCCAUGUGAUGCAAAACAGUAUGUUUCUCACUGGCAACACAGACAGAGGAAACAUAACUGGCCACCAACACAUUUGGUAAAUUCCAUUGCAUCUAUGACUGCAGCAGUGGUACCAACAGGACAGAAGGAAACCAAGAUGCAGGAGUUACAGUGGCGCAUUUGUUUUCCUGCCGGAGAAUUGACACUUUUCAAUUCUUUAAGUUUCACCCAGAAGAAGAUGUACGUUGUUCUCAAAACUGUUGGAAAGCAGUUGCUUCAACCAAUAGAUCUCCAGAUAACAUCAUACGUGAUGAAAAAUGUACUGUUUUGGGAGUGCACCAGCACACACCAGUUUCGGCAUGAUGACAACACAAAGGACGUUGACAGAAGGUUGAGAAGGUAA